UAGGACUUCGACCGACAAAUGCGGCGCAGCCUUUACUUGGCUCAGUCGUUCACAACCCGCGGAUUUAUAGUCAACACUUUACGCUGUUAUCCACCCGGGUCCUUGAUUCCCAGCUUUAGAAUCUCCAGAUAUGCGGGGGGUCUGUGUCUCCAGCUUCAUGUUGUGAUUAGUGAAGCCUCAACAGUCUGGUAGAACUCACCCAAGAUGUCCAGCAGCUCGGGCUACCCCCCCACCCAGGGGACUUUCAGCAGCGAGCAGAGCCGAUACCCACCCCACUCUGUCCAGUACACACUUACGGGCUCACGCCACACACAGGAGUCUCAGUACAUUGUCAAAGUGGAGUCACCAUCUGCUGGUGGACCUACCCUACACAUGGGUGAAGAACAGGACACUUCUCCUUCCAAGCUGUCCAAGGAGGAGUUGAUCCAGAGUAUGGAUCGUGUGGACAGAGAGAUCGCUAAAGUGGAGCAGCAGAUUUCAAAGCUGAAGAAGAAGCAGCAACAACUUGAGGAGGAAGCAGCAAAGCCGGUGGAACCGGAGAAGCCCGCGACCCCUCCCCCGGUGGAGCACAAGCACCGCAGCAUUGUCCAGAUCAUCUAUGAUGAAAACAGAAAAAAAGCAGAAGAGGCCCAUAAAGUUUUGGUAAACCUUGGUCCCAAAGUUGAACUGCCACUGUAUAACCAACCAUCCGACACAAAAGUGUAUCAUGACAACAUCAAGACAAACCAGGUCAUGAGAAAAAAGCUGAUUUUAUUUUUUAAGAGAAGGAAUCAUGCACGUAAACAAAGGGAGCAGAAGAUCUGCCAGCGCUAUGACCAGCUGAUGGAAGCAUGGGAGAAGAAGGUGGAGCGCAUGGAGAACAAUCCCAGACGCAAAGCCAAGGAGAGCAGAACGCGGGAAUAUUACGAAAGACAGUUCCCAGAAAUCCGCAAGCAGAGGGAACAGCAGGAACGCUUCCAGCGAGUUGGCCAAAGAGGAACAGGUCUGUCUGCAACAAUUGCAAGAAGCGAGCAUGAAAUUUCUGAAAUCAUAGAUGGUCUCUCUGAGCAAGAGAACAACGAGAAACAGAUGAGACAGCUGUCAGUCAUUCCUCCUAUGAUGUACGACUCGGAGCAGAGGAGGGUGAAGUUCAUCAACAUGAACGGCCUGAUGGAUGACCCAAUGAAGGUGUACAAAGCCCGGCAGUUCAUGAAUGUUUGGACAGAGCAUGAAAAGGAGAUCUUUAAGGAGAAGUUUGUACAGCACCCGAAAAACUUUGGCUUGAUUGCUACAUAUCUGGAGAGAAAAAGUGUGGCUGACUGUGUCCUGUUUUACUACCUGACAAAAAAGAACCAAAACUAUAAGACACUGGUGAGACGGAACUAUGGAAGACGGAGAGGAAGAAAUCAGCAAAUAACACGUCCCUCACAGGAAGAUAAGACAGAGGACAAGAACGAAGAGGACAAAUCUGAAAAAGUCGAGAAAAAAGAGGAGGAGGAGAAGAAGGACGAGGAAGAGAAAGAUGAAAAGGAGGAUUCUAGGGACAUCGGCAAGGACAAGGACAAAUGUGACGGUGGGGAGGACGAGGACGGAAAAGAGCAAAACGCACCGCGUGGCAGGAAGACCGCCAAUAGCCAGGGCCGCCGUAAAGGAAGAAUCACCACGCGCUCCAUGGCCAAUGAGGCUGCAUCGGUGGCAGCUGAGGAGGCUCCUCCCCCUGCCCUUGAGCCCGCUGUGGCAGAUCCUGCUCAGCUCUCCAAGUCUGACCCAGCACAGAAGGGGGCCAAGGAGGCAAACAAACCUGGGACUCCAGUAGCUUCAGUGGAUACUAAAGCUGGUGCCGGGGAAACAGGAGAAACUUCUCGCUGGACUGAGGAGGAGAUGGAGGUUGCCAAAAAAGGGCUGGUUGAGCAUGGCCGAAACUGGAUUGCCAUAGCCAAAAUGGUGGGCACAAAAAGUGAGGCACAGUGCAAAAACUUCUAUUUCAAUUACAAGCGGCGUCACAACUUGGACAACCUUCUGCAGCAGCAUAAACAGGAUUCUCGGAGGGCACGUUCUGAUAGAUCUCAAAGGGAAGGCCAAGCCAUGGCAUCACCCGAUGAUGAUGAGGACAACGCCGAUGAAAGUGAAGGUGGUGAGAACAGCUCCGACACAGAGAGUGCCCCCUCUCCCUCCCAGGCUGACUCCUCAAAAGUUGCUGACUCUAAGCAAGUGGAGAGUACCACAGCAGACACUCUGAGCACAGACAGUGACAAGGAUCUAACCAGCAAUGGAAAAGCUACAGAGCCCCCUUAUGGGGAACUUCGUGUCAAGCAAGAGAAAAGUCCAGAGAGGGAAAUGGGAUCUCAGGAAGAUAAGACGAGAGUGGUUGCUUUUCCUGGUCCACUACACCCCAAAACUGAGCCUCAAGAUGUAGACAUGAAAGUUGGAGAGGUUCAGGUCAAGAUGGAGCCUGAAGUUAAGGAAAAGGUUGAAAAAGGAGACCAUGGUGAGAGGCAGAGGGACCUCCACUCUGAUAAUGACUCAAGUGCAACCUGCAGUGCAGAUGAAGAGGUGGAGGCGGAGCCUGAUAGACAGAGAAUGUACCCCAUGGAAAAACCGAUGCUGCGCAGCCCUCCUGGCUCUGUGCUUGUGCCUUCACCCAAGCAAGCCCACUUCAGCAUGCAGCAGAUGCAGCACCGUGCAGCCAACAUCCCUCCCAUGGUGCCUGGUCCCUAUGGCCCCGGUGGCGUUUCCAUCACUGGUUUUGCGAUGUUUCAACACCAGAUCAAAGCAGUGCAUGACUCCGCCCACCAGGAGGAGAAGCAGAGGCAGGAUCUGGGAGACCUGGAGCGCAGACCUCAUUACAACACGCGAAGCCCCACUGUGAUGGACAGAGAUGUUCUCCAUCCUUCUCCAAAUCCGCUGGCCCAAAGUAUGAACGAAGGUGUUCGCGUGACGUUCCCCAGGCACAAUCGACCUCCAAACAUUCCCUCUCCUCCUCCCCUCAUUCCAACCACGAAGCCCACAGAUAAACCCUCCUUCAUCCAAGGAGGCUCCAUCUCCCAGGGCACUCCUGGAACAUAUCUCCCGUCCCAUGCUGUCUAUGGUCCUGAGGGGACGAAGAGCUCUGUAGGCUCCAUCUCUCUGGGUCUGCCUCGACAGCUGGAUCCCCACAAGCCUGGAAAUGCAGUUUCAUCUCUGCAGGACAACAGAGGCAGCUCUGCCAAAGGGAGUGAAGGCCUCGCUUUCAGAGGAUCAAUCACCAAGGGGACUCCGGCCCUUCCUCAGUCCAAUGUGGCUGCUGACCUCCUGAAGGGCACGAUCACAAAGCUCACUCCAGAGGACCUGAGCAGCCCAGACAAGACUAAAGGUCAUGUCAUCUAUGAAGGCAAGAGUGGUCACAUCCUCUCCUAUGAUGCUAUAAAGAAUCCGAGGGAGAACACCCGCAGCCCCAGAAUAGGCCACGAGUUAAAACGCUCCCAUGACAUGAUGGAGAGUUCCAUGGGUCGAGGACACCCCGGCAGGGAGGGGGCUCCAUUUGAAGGGCUAAUUAGCAGAGCCUUGCCCAGAGAAGGUCUCCAUGGCGACUCAAAGGAACGACCACUGGCCUCUGGGUCCAUCAUGCAUGGGACACCAAGAACAGCCACUGACUCAUAUGAUGAUGCCAUGAAGUAUGGGAAGCAGAUGAGGAUGGAGAGCCCACCAGUCCGAUCUUUUGAAGGGUCUAUUGGCAAAGGCAAGCCCUAUGAGGGAGUCAACACCAUCAAAGAGAUGGGGCGCUCCAUCCACGAAAUCCCUCGACAGGACCAGUCUGCUCAGGACAUGUGCAAGACCCCUGAGCUGGUAGACAGGAGGGUGAUGGAGGGCUCCAUACCUCAGAUUCACUCUCUGGGCCAGCCUGCCAUCAAGCACAAUGUCAAGUCAUUAAUCACUAGUCCGAACAAGAUGCCCCACACCAUGCCCCAGCUCGAGGCAAUAGACCGAGCCAAAUAUGAGGAGAGUAAGGCGGUGCGGCACACCUCUGUGGUUAACUCCACCACGUCUGUCCUGCGCUCUACUCACCAGGAGGCUGGCAAAGCUCAGCACAGUCCGAGCAUGUACGAGGACUCCAGUGCUCGCAGGACCCCUGUGAACUACAGCACCAAUCCUGUUUCCAGAGGAUCACCCAUGCUGCGAUGUCCAGAUGGUGUCAUGAGCUCUGCCAAGUCUGCUGCUCAUGACAGAAAGAGUGCCAUGACCCCGACACAAAGGGACAGUGUCCCGGCCAAGUCCCCGGUGUCAGGUGGCGAUCCCGUAGCCUCUCAUAGCCCCUUCGACCCCCACCACCGGCCUGUUGUUCCAGGAGAAGUGUACAGGGCUCACAUGCUUCCACACCUGGACCCCAGCCUGGCCUUCCACAGGGGGCUGGAUCCUGCAUUCAUGUUCCCCAGGCAGCCGUCCCCAACAGGAUACCAUAACACCUAUCAGUUGUACGCCAUGGAAAACACGCGUCAGACCAUCCUCAGUGAUUAUAUCACAUCCCAGCAGAUGCAAGUCAUCCCUCGGCCAGAUAUGGCAAGAGGACUGUCUCCAAGGGAGCAGGCUGUUGCAGUCCCUUACCCAGCCAACGCUCGAGGGAAUAUUGAUCUAGCCCAGAUGCCUCCAACUAUCCUGUUGCCUCAUCCUGGGGGAACAGGUGCUCCCACUUUGGAACGCACCUCCUACCUCACUGGAGCUCAGCCCCCUUUCCCUCCUAGGGCUUUCAACCCAACUUCCAUUUCACCAGGUCAUCCAGUCCAUCUGGCCACCAGUGCUGAGAGGGAGGAGCGGGAGAAGGAGCGGGAGCACCGCGAGAGGGAGCGAGACCGGGAAAUAAGAGAGAGGGAGCGAACCAGUGAAUACAUGCGUGGAAGUGGGCAGGAGCAGCCAGUUCGACCAGGAAGUCGAGGUUACCUGCACUCCCCAUCUCCCUCGCUCAGGACACAGGAUGUGGUGGUGCAGCAGAGACCAAGUAUCUUCCAGGGAAAGAGUGUCAUCACCUCUUUAAUGGCUCAUCCACCUCCAGCAACAUCAGCAUCCCAGAGUAGCUCCCGCUUCAGCACAGCAGCAGACGCUCUGGCUGCCUUGGUGGACGCAGCCGCCUCUGCUCCUCAGAUGGACGUCUCCAAGGUGAAGGAGAGCAGGCAAGAACCGGACGAGGAAAUGGCCACAUCGGUUGCGGGCAGGCGGGCACCCAGCCGCUCAGAACAGCAGCAGGAGGCAGAAAGGCGAUCUCUGCACUCGCCGUAUAGUGCCAUGUCUUUGCCAGGUGGCAAGCCCCAUCCAGCUUACCCCGAGGGCCCGGGUAGCGGGGCAAAGGAUAAGGUUCCUCAAACCAAGUCCCGCAUCGAAGAGGAGCUUCGGACUCACGGAAAGACAACUAUUACAGCUGCUAGCUUCAUCGAUGUCAUCAUCACUCGCCAGAUAGCUUCAGACAAGGACUCCCGUGAACGAGGCUCGCAGAGCUCGGACUCCUCCAGCAGUUUAUCGUCUAUUCGAUAUGACAACUCCACUGGAGGAGCCAUUGAGGUGAUAAGCCCUCCCAGUUCCCCAGUCCAAUCCCAUCAGGACAAACCAGAAGAGGGGCAACAACAAGCAGGAGUCAGCAUGCGGCCUUUCGAGAUGAGCCGAUAUCGACCUUCAGGGGAGCCCCACCAGCCUGCCCCCUCCCAAGCAGAUAGCUACUCUCAGGUCCCUAAAACUCACAGGGUCAUGACCUUGGCUGACCAUAUUUCACACAUUAUCACACAGGACUUUGCCAGAAACCAGGACCCUCCGGUCUCUUCUUCAGCUUCUGCCACAUUCCAGAGCUCAGUUCCACCUGUGUCAUCGUCGGGUCGGGUCAAGGGUCCUAGUCGGUACAGUCCUGAGAACCAGGUCCCUGCUUCACUCCACCAAAGGCCAUCUAGCAGGAUUUCUCCAGAGAAUCCCCCCGACAAGCCCAGAGUGAGGCCUGGUAAAUCUCCAGAAAGAGGAGGCAGACAGAUGGAGAGCUAUGAACCAAUUUCUCCCCCGCAGGGAUAUCAAGCCAUGGACAAACUGGAGGGAGGCGGGCCUCCAUCCCAAAGACGAGAGGCUGACAACUCUGAGCUCAGGAGUGACUCACGGUCUCCAGGAAGUGUCAGCUACCUGCCUUCCUUCUUCACCAAGCUAGAGAAUACGUCGCCAAUGGUUAAAUCCAAGAAGCAGGAAAUCUUUCGUAAGUUGAACACCUCUGGUGCUGGUGAUUCUGAUGUGGGAAAUACACAACCAGGCACAGAAAUUUUCAACUUGCCUGCUGUUACCAGCUCCAGUAACAUUAACCCAAGAAAUCCGUCCUUCAGUGACCCGGCCAGUAACCUGGGUCUGGAGGACAUCAUCCGCAAGGCUUUAAUGGGCAACUUGGAGGAAAGGCAGGAUGAACACCAGGGAGGAGGGGGCCCUGUGGCCAUCAGCAACACGUCUGCCACUGAUGCCCGCCAGGAGGCCAGUCCAUCCCCCAGUAUGGGGAAGCAGAAGCAGAGCAAAGCAAACAGCCGAAAAUCCAAGUCGCCUAACCUGACUCAGACGUAUCCUGGAGGGGAGCGUCCCUCCUCAGUGUCGUCUGUCCACUCUGAAGGUGAUUAUCACAGAUCAACCCAGCAACAGUGGAGCUGGGAUGACCGACCUUCAUCCACAGGUCCCAUGCAGUUUCCAUGCAAUCCACUGACCAUGCGCAUGCUGAGCAACACGCCACCCACCUCCAUGGCCUCUCCCUCAAUCCAGAGCCAGCAGCAGCAGCCGCAGGCACCCCCUGCUGGAGGCCAGCAGCGAGUGUGGCAGUCUCUGCUGUCAGAGCAAUACGAGACCCUGUCUGACAGCGACGAUUGAACGCCGCGCCGAGAUCUCAACCAGGAGGCUCGUCUGCUCAUGCCCCCCACUCCCAGAAACAACCUUGUUCCUUGGAAAGUUAGAGGUAGAUGGGGCAUGUCCUUUUUUUUUUUUUUUUGGUGCUAUGGCGCCCCCUGGCUGUAUGCUAUGCUGCAACAAGUGAAAGGCGAGACUCUUCUGAACUCACCGAGCCUGUCGGAGAAACAAUUGUCAACUGAGUUGAUAACAAAGGUUUUAGUCAAAAAGAUCUUAAAAUGUAAAAAGAAAAUAAGAAGCUAUUUCUGAAUUGUGUCUGAUUUCUGUAAAGAAAUACUUUGUCUUUGAGAAAAUCGUCUUCUGUAAAUAGAGUAACUUUUUGCAGUGUUUUUCUUAACUUGAUUCUUAUUUUAAUGUUGCUUUAAAUUGAUCCACUUUAAAUGGGAAGAGCAAGGGUUAAAUCUUCAUCAAUGCAGUUGCCCCCCAGUCAACAUCCCCCCUUCACUGAACCAUCAGAAAUUGGGAACGAACAAAACCUGGACCUGCUAACGAAUACUUGACCGUGAGUGGAUCACCGUAUGUGCCAUCCACCAGACAACCACCACCGCCUGGAGGAUGGAGCACCACCGACAUCCAAGCUCUCUCCGCCAGAGCAGCAGAGAAAAGGGGUCAGACAAAGGUUUAAACACUGGUGUUAAAGCUGGAAGUGACAGAUGUAAGCGUACAUGAAAUGAUAUCUUCAUAACUACUUCUGUUCCCUGACGGAAAGAUGAAAAUGAGCCAAUGUUUUUGUUUUUUUCCUUUUCCCUCCGUUAAUACUCGUCUCGCCUCUGCAAGGUCAUUUUCAAACACAAGGAUGUCAGGAAGUUUUUCUUUUAUGGGGGGAUGCUUUUUUCACACCUUGUAACUUGAGAAAGACGGCAGCUUUAACUCAUUUUUCUCAGAGAAAUACAUAUGUGUUUGAUAUUUUGAUUUGUCUCUCUGGUCUCUUUUUGGUUUUUUCCUUUGAUACUGUCCUGAUAAACAUCUGAACUAUGUAAAGUGUCUUUUCAUAACACAAAAAAGACAAAAACUAACCAAACCUAAAGAGUUAUCUGCACCAUUGUUGCACUUUCUUUGCAUUGUGUUUUUGACACCAAAAGGCAUACUACCUGCUGUGUAACUUAUUCUGCUUCCAGCCCACUACUAUGCUAAGAUGUGCUUCAUUUUUCCCAACACUGGCAGAAAUCUGGAUAGUUGAGCCUCCUGUCUUCUCUUACAGCUCAUACAUAAUAUUUUGAUGUUCCACCUGCAUCAAAGUUGCAGUUUUUUGUGCAUGGUACAAUUAAAUAUGUAGGAGUUUGCCGUCAUGGUGAUUCGAAACCAUGACCACUUAAUCUCUGUUUUCAUUGUUUUAAUUAAAGGACAUAAAGCUUUGAAAAUGACUUCUCUUGGUCAGCAUCAUAAGAGGCAGUAGUCGUUGCUUCGUUAGUUAUUUUGAACUUUUGUGUGGAGAAAAUGCAGCGUUAUGGUUUUCAUUCUGCUUACUGCUCCAAACUUGAAUUGGUUUAAUUAUGACACCUUUUGACAGACUUGUAGCACAUGCUCAGAUUUCUUUUCUGUCAUCAUUCAUCCUGUUUAGAUGGGAUGUGUUUACAGAGCAGUGGAAAAAGAGUUUACAAACUUGAAUCUUAAAAUCCCACAUGAAGCCGAACAGAAAAAGAAAAAGGAAUUGCAGCAUCUUUUCAGCUUUCUAUCAGACACAGUCGUGACCUUUUGUCUUUUUGAAUUGAGACUUGAAUCCCCGAGUAUCCUAUGAUGUUGAAAUGCAAUGUUUGUAUCGCACAAUGUCUGUUAGUAGGCUAUUUCAAGAGUUCAGACCAAUCAAAUAAAGUGGAUCAGUUCUCUACCACAGAAAUGCA